AUGGACAUCAAGGACGAUGAUUUACUCAUGCGAAUCGCAGAUGACUCUAUUAUCGGUGCGUUUCCCACAGCAGAGAUGGAGCAUCCUCCUCUCCACGGAAGUCUCGGAAGCUUGCAGUUCCCCAAGUCUUCGGGCGAUGCAGUCCUGAGCGGUUUCGGAGCAGUGGUGCGAGGGGACGAGAAAAGGAACCGCAAUGCACAACCGUCCUCCGUCGACAGGGCGUCCUCGCCCGAAGUUGUGUUGAUGGCGGACUGGAGCUAUCCGAUCGAUAUCGGGAACGUGGGCGCCAUGAUUUGGGAUCUGUUCGAGGGCAAGACGACGUUCCGUCGCGAAGAUCCCGACGGCGAGGGUUAUUCCGCGCGUGCUCACUUCGCGGAGAUCAUCGGCAAUUCGAAGCAGGAUUGGAAUACUUGUUGGUAUUAG